AUGGUCUCUCUACACCCCCUCCUCGACAACGGCAUCACCCCCGGCUCGGGCUCGUUCCCUGGCGGCACCCUCAAAUGCCUCUGCCCCUCCUCCCCCGUCGAGAUCACCCUCACCACCAACGUCGCUCACAACCACGCCUGCGGCUGCUCCAAAUGCUGGAAGCCCGCCGGCGCCCUCUUCUCCAUCGUCGGCGUCGUGCCCCGCAACGAGCUCUCCGUCACCGCCAACGGGGACAAGCUAGUCAUUGUGGACGAGUCGGCCGUCAUUCAGCGGUACGCCUGCAAGGAAUGCGGGACUCAUCUGUACGGGAGGAUUGAGAAGGAGCAUCCGUUCUACGGACUGGAUUUUGUGCAUGCUGAGUUGAGCGAGGAGGAGGGGUGGCAGGAGCCGCAGUUUGCGGCUUUUGUGAGCAGUGUUAUUGAGCAGGGGUUUGAUCCGGCCAAGAUUGGGGAGGUGAGGGCGAGGUUUAGGGAGUUAGGUUUAGAGACGUAUGAUAGUUUGAGUCCGCCGUUGAUGGAUGCGAUUGCUGCUUGGACGGGGAGGAAGAAUGGGAAGUUGCCUGCGGCGGCUUGA